AUGGCUCAUCAACUACCGGAAUACGAUGACCAGUCCGACAACUGGAAGGCUUACAUCACGAAGGCAGAAGAUUAUUUUGAGGCAGCUGGCGUCAGUGACUCGGGAAAGAAGAGGGCGCUGCUGGUAGCAGCAUGGAGUACGCGCACCGUGCAAGUGCUCUCAGGACAGGUUGCACCGAGGAAGCCAAACUCGCUUACGUACGAGAAAGCAGUGAAAGUUUUGGAUGACUACUUCGACCCCAAGCGUCAUGAAAUAACGGAGAGCUAUCGGUUCUUCAAUCGCUGCCAGUUGGAAGGAAGCAGCCGUACCCCCGCCAUUCAUGCCGUCCUGUCACAGUUCAAUGACGUCUUCAGCCCCGAGCUGGGUCUAAUUGACGGACACCCUGUCCAUCUGAAGCUCAAGGAAGGCGCCAUGCCGAAAUUUUACCACCAGCCGCUCGUGGGCCUGCUGAAGACGGAUCGACAAACUCCAGCAUUGGCAGCCGCCAGAAUACAGCGCUGGGCGCUGUACUUAGGCGGAUUCCGCUAUCAGCUUCAAUACUCUCCUGGUAAACAACUGCUCAACGCUGACGCCCUUACCAACGAAGCAGACGAGUGGCCACUGCCAUUGCCUGAAGCUACCGUGUACGCCCGCAACUUCGGAACGGGUGAGAAAUGGACUCCAGGAAUUGUAGAGUCUACAACAGGCUCUCGGAUGGUGAGCAUUCGAACACCAGCUGGAUCAGUAAGACGACAGGUUGACCAGGUGCGGAACCGGGAAGAUGCGACGCCACCGCUUGGUACAAAUCCAGAAAACAACUGGUUCCGUAAAUAUGACCUUCAAGGUCAGCCAAGGUCAGCCAAGGUCAAGCUGGUACUCAGCCAGCCGCUACCGGCGGCUGCUGCGUACGCCGUGCGGGCGCCAAUAUCUUGA